UGAAAGCGGCGCGAUGGCGGAAGUAAGGUCUGUAAACAAAAUAACGCUGUUACUGGCAAUAGCAUCUUAGCUAACCAAGCAAUUUAUCAGUGGAAGUUAGAACUGCGGGUUCAAUUACUCGUUUCAGACUUACAUUCGCACAUUUAUAAUUUCGUGCGUUUUGUGUAAUCAGUAGCAACCAGCUAACGUAACUUUCGUCUUGAUUGGUAAGAUACUUGCUAACGUUACAUUUUGCCUUGGACGUUGACAUUGCUAACGUUAGCCUUUUAGGCAUAUAGAUUAGCUAAUUUUAACCAUUUAAAAAGUUUUUUUUAAAGUACUGAGCUGGUUAACUUGGUAGCGUUGUAGUUUUAUAUUAUUUUAAUUUGAAUAAUUUUAUAGUCGAAAUGCACUUUUUUUCUGUAAGUUAGCAAACUAGCUGUUUAGCCAGUUACAAGAAUUAACGUUCGGUUUGCCAAAACAAAAUCAAAGUUGAGUGGAAUGUCAAGAAAGUUAAUUGGCUACAAAGUUGUCAACUCACAGUGGUGUUAGGAGAACAUGAUGAAUGAAUAUAUUCAUGAAUGCGGGGAACCGUCAACAUCAAUUGACAAGAGCAAAGAGAUAAACAGGACAUAUACUGUCUCUGCGACAAGUGCAUGUAGUCAGAAAAAUGAUACGUGUUCUCGAGGAAGACUUACAUUACAAAGAAGAAAAACGGACAGCAAAGGUGGCCAAAGGGCCGAAAAGACUGUCAUUGAACCUACUGAAAAUCAUGUUGAAGUACCUGAAAAACGACUGACGUUACAACGUAGGACAAGGACUGGCUCAACAGACAAAUCCAGCGUGGAAAACAGCAAGAGUGUAGAAAAUCAAGGCGUACAUAUUAACCAGAAAUUGCGUCAAUCAAAAAUCCUGUCAGAGCCUAACUGCAGAACCCCGAGGGCAACAGGUGUUUUGAGAUCAUCCAGCACGAGAGAUGAGUGGUCUAAAGGUGUGACACACGAAAAAGUUAAUCUUAUUUACGCACAAAACAAAGUGCACACAAGGUUUCUACAGAUGACGGUAAAUGAACCCCCUGCGACUAAAGCUGAUUCUGGGAAAGCAGAAGACCGUAGUAAAGUAUUUUCAACUCCAACAAAAAAGACGCCCUUUGAGAAAAUCAGUGCUAAGAAAGAUGUUUUUGAGAGACUGGCAGGAAGAGACAUCACUAAAUCUGCGAAAGCAAAAUCCGCAAGCUUGGAACGUCAAAGGAACCUCGGGCUGGCGAAUGGAGAAAGUCUCAACAAACCAACAGGCCAAGUGUCUACAUUUAGAAGCGCCCCAGUCGGAAGUCAGGGCAGAAACGUGACCUCGAGUCUGCAGUUCACACAGGUUAAAAAAGCCCCCACGCUGACGAGCUCAAGUCAGAAUGGAAAUGUGAGCGGAGCAGGGAGUAAAACCCCUGGCAGACCGACUUCUUCCAUCGAUCUGCUUAACAGAGAGAGUAGCGUACUGAAGCAAGAUUCCCUCAAGAUGGAAAACAGUGCAGUUACUGUGGCGGUGCGGGUUCGACCAUUUAACAGCAGAGAGAAGACUGAGAAUGGCCAGCAAGUGAUCUUCAUGAAUAACCAAGAGACAACUGUCCAGCACCCAGACUCCAAGCAGAGCUACACAUUCAACUACGAUUUUUCAUUCUGUUCGAUUGACAAAACGGACCCAAAUUUUGCCAGCCAAAAGACAGUGUAUGAAAAGUUAGCUAGACCUCUCCUUGAAAGAGCCUUUGAAGGAUUCAAUACUUGCCUAUUUGCGUAUGGACAGACUGGGUCUGGAAAAUCGUACACAAUGAUGGGCUUUGGAGAAGAUGCUGGAGUAACACCAAGGUUCUGUGAGGAGCUUUUUUCCAGAGUGAUAAAGUCUCAGAAUAAUCAAGUCUCAUGUCGCCUGGAAAUGAGCUAUUUUGAAGUCUACAAUGAGAAAAUCCAUGACUUGCUUGUAGUGAGAGAUGAGCAAGGUGAAAAGAAGUUACCGCUGAGGGUCAGAGAACAUCCUGUCUUUGGGCCCUAUGUUGCAGAUCUUUCAACGAUUGUGGUGAGCUCAUAUGCUGAUAUCCAGAGCUGGCUUGAGCUCGGAAAUAAACAGCGUGCCACAGCGGCUACUGGUAUGAAUGACAAGAGCUCCAGAUCUCACUCUGUCUUCACCCUUGUCAUGACUCAGACCAAGACUGAGUUUGUGGAGGAGGAGGAGCACGACCACACCGUCACCAGCAGGAUCAACCUGGUGGACCUGGCAGGGAGCGAGCGCUGUUCCUCAGCCCAGACCAGCGAGGACAGGCUCAGGGAAGGGGCCAGCAUCAACAAGUCUUUGUUGACCCUGGGGAAGGUGAUUUCGGCUCUGUCUGAGCAAUCUCAGUCCAGGAAGAAGGUCUUCACCCCGUACAGAGAAUCGGUGCUCACAUGGUUGUUGAAGGAGAGCCUGGGCGGGAACUCGAAGACCGCCAUGAUCGCCACGCUCAGUCCUGACGCCAGCAGCGUGGAGGAGACGCUCAGUACCCUGCGCUAUGCCAGACAGGCGCGCUUGAUCAUCAACAUCGCCAAGGUCAACGAGGACAACAACGCCAAGCUCAUCAGGGAGCUUAAAGCCGAGGUUGACAAACUGAGAGCAGCUCAGAUGAGCACUAAAGGCAUUGAACCAGAGAAAAUGAGACUGUUCCAGCAGGAAAUUGCAGCUCUCAAAACGCAGUUGACUCAACAGGAGAGGGAAAUGGCUGAAGCGCACAGAAAAUGGAAGGAGAAGCUGGAGCACGCCGAGAAACGAAAACGCGAAGAAACCAAAGAAUUGCAGAAAGCCGGCAUCACAUUUAAAGUGGAUAACCGCCUUCCCAACCUUGUGAACCUGAAUGAGGAUCCCCAGCUGUCGGAGAUGCUGCUGUACAUGAUUAAAGAGGGGCAGACCAAGGUCGGGAAGCGCAAGUCCGAGUCCGCCCAUGACAUCCAGCUGUCUGGAGCCCUCAUAGCCGAUGAGCACUGUGUGAUAAGUAAUGUGAGCGGUACAGUUAGCAUAACUCCAAUCAAGGAUGCAAAGACCUUUGUGAAUGGAAACCUAGUGUCCGAGCCCACCGUCCUCCACCAUGGCGACCGGGUAAUCCUCGGGGGGGACCAUUACUUCAGGUUCAACCACCCGGUGGAGGUGCACAGCGGCAAGCGCGUGUCCUGCUGGACCCAGGCGGGGGACGGACACAAGGACUUCGAGUUCGCCAAGAACGAGCUGCUGGCGGCACAAAGAGCGCAGCUGGAGGCCGAGAUCGCGGAGGCCCGAGUAAAAGCCAAAGAGGAAAUGAUGCAAGGCAUACAGGUGGCCAAAGAGAUGGCUCAGAAGGAGCUGACCGAACAGAAGGCGCUGUACGAAAACAAGAUCAAAGCUCUGGAGCGCGAGCUGGAGGAGGAGAACGAGCGGAAGAAACUGCACGAGCUGGACAAGCAGAGGGCGGCCAGCAAAAUGGAGAAGCUGCAGAACGCCAAGAUCCAGCUGGAGCAGGAAGUGCACAUGAAUAAGAAGCGGCUCAACAUGGAGGCUCAGGCCACCCGACAGGCCAUGGCAGACCAUGACAUACGGCACGUUAAGAUUUUAGAAGCCUUGGAAGAAGAGAAAAGGAAGAUCGCUGAUGAUCUCGAGAGGAUGCAGAAAAAAAUUACACAAAAGGAAGUGCACGGCAAUAGAAAUGUUUUAGCUCCACCACAGUGGGAUGCCAUGAAGCUGUCCGUGAUGAUCGAAGAGGCCAACGCCAUUAGUAAAAAACUCGGGAAGAACACUGUGUUCAGCAGGCAUGAGUUGUCGGAUAAGGACAGGCGAGAUGGGGAGGGGGAGCUACAGGUGCAAGUCCAGAACACAAAGCUUGGCAUCUCCACCUUUUGGAGCUUGGAGAGGUUCCAGAGCAACUUGGCUGCCAUGAGGGAACUCGAGCAGGGCGAUGGCGCAUCUAAAGAUGACGACGUGUUUUAUGACCCGAAUGAUGAGUGGGAACCGGAUCUAUCGGCGUCUUCCUCGGCCUCAUCAUUUUCCCGCCGGAGGAGCAGAAGCCUGUUGAAGAGCAGGAGGAUUUCGGGGCGCCUGUAUGAAAUAAGAGUGCACCCCAUUCAGAGUCUUCACUCCUCACAGCACUCUGGGCUGAUGGGUGUGAGCAGGCUCCCGUCCCUGCACCCCAGCGGGUCCGACUCGGCCCUCCCCGGCAUCUGCAAGGAGCUGAUCGGCUCGGCGCUGGCCCGCCUGCGGGGGAGCCACGGGGCCGAGGAGAGCGUGGCCGACCGGCUGGUCUGGGACCUCCUGGCCGUGCACGCCGCGGUCCUGUCCAUCUCCGGCACGUACGAGGGCCUGGACGACGACAGCCAGGAGAACCUGUUUGUGUGUAAUGAAGAGGCUCAGGCCCAGCUGGUGAGGGCUACGUCGGCCAUAGAGAGAGCCGUCUUCCUCACCCUGCAGUGGAUCACCAGCAUCAAGCCCAGCUCCGGGCCCGUCUUCCACACUGCCGAGGAGCUCCGCAGGGAAGUCAAGAAAAUGGGCGGCUACUUUCAGCUUCUUAUUCAGGGCUGCGACUCAGAAAUCUCCUCCAUGGUAACGGAGGCUCGGGGCAAGAUCAGCCAGUGCCUGGACGUGGCCGUUCGGCUCGUCAGCCAGCUCUCCGCUGUGACGGGAACAGAGCUCCACCUGACCGAAGCGGGCUCCGAGGCUCUUGGCAAGCGCUCCGUAGUGGCAUCCCUGCUUGAGGGAGCCUGCAAAGGCACGCAGGUCCUUUUGGAGGACGUGAUUCAUCAGGCCAAGGAGCUACAGAGAGAUGCUCAGCUCAGCUUCCCCAGGACCGAGGUAUUGCAGAGCCUGAAGACGAAAUCUUUGGAUGUAGCCUCUUCCCUUCGUAACUAUGUCUCUUGCAAUCAAACGCAGAGGGACUGGUCCUCGGAGAGGGCGGGAGAGGACGCUGAUCCCUCGCACCUGCGGACAGUGAGAGACGCCGCCGCCCAGCUGCUCCAGCUCAGCCUGGCGGUCGGACAGCUUCGCUCCGCUCUCACGCAGGCCCUGAGAGGUAAAGACAAGGACUUCAGCAGAAGCAGAGAUGCAAUCUGCUCAAUCUCCAAGACGAUUGAUGACAUCAUCAGCGGCCUGCCAAAACUUGAGGGAAGCGUGUGGGCGCCCCGCCCUCAGCUGCCCUGCGCAAAGAGCGUGGUAGUGGCCCGGGACGAGCUGCAUUCUGCCCUGUGCUCUCUCAGCUCCGUGUUUGAUCAUAUGUGUGUUAGAAAGAGCAAGCUUUCCGGCCCAGAGAACAGGGCGGGGAAAGCUGAGGUAGAAAGUGGCUCAGACGGUGAGAAUGCACCCGCUCCAAGCAACAGCAGGAGAGAUAGAACCGUUCCCAAAACCGUGUAUACUCUUUCGUCCAAUGCGACCGUUUCUCCCUCUGAUAUACGGUGGGUGUAGCCCCCUGCUUCUUAUGCAAGCUUCAGCUGGGUUCGAUGCUUUGCUGAACAGGUGAUGGAGGAGUGAGAGAGAUCCUGAAGCUCUGAAAUGUGUGGUCUGCACGAACAUCACAAAUUAGGCGUGGCCAAACAGGAAGUCAUCCUGCUUAUAUCAUCAGUCACGGUUAUUGCUAACUUAUUUCAUUUGCUAAUUUCAUAAUAGGCAGAUUUAGUUUAGUUUUGGUGUAACUGAGGGAAGGAUGUCAUUUAUAAAAUUGUAUUACCAUGUAGAAGUUGUUUUUGCAAAAUGGAUAUAACGAUACAAAGAUAUAUAUUUUGCUUCUUUUUUUUUCUUAAACCAUGUCUGUUUAAUAUUUGCCUACAUUACCAAGUACAGCCAUGGUUAUCAGCAUUGGAAUAAAAAUGUGGAAGUACUUUACAUCGGUUUAUUCGCCGAUAUUGUUUCACAAAACGUAUUCUGGAACUGUUUUAUAUAUAUUUUGCAUAAACUUUUUUUGCACUCAAAACUUUUGCACUCAGGACCGUAUUGUGUACUCAAAAUUAAUACGUGAACUUGCCGAUCCUUCAUACCUUUUCAAUUUCAGGUGGAAUAUAAUGUCACAAAAUCAUGAAGCAUUUAAAUUACAGUGCAGAAUGAUCACAAUAAAUGUGCACGUCUCAUCAAA